ACACACACUCACACAAAACUCAUCUCUUUUUUUAGGCUGCACUUGACUUUUUUUUUUUACACAUAUUUCUCUUUGCCUUUGCAGUAACCGGAGGGGAGCCAUGUGGCAGAUGUAUAUACGCACACACACACGCACACUCAAGGAUGCAGAGGCUGUGUGCAAAUAGGCGUAAACACACACUUUUAUGAGGACAAAUACUGCGAGACAAUAGGUCCAAUCUGUGUGUGUGUAGAAGAGAGAGGAGAAGAACAUUCAAGUAAGAGCACACGCAUAUUUACAUCCUCUCCCUCUCUUCUCUCACCCACUCUGAUUGUGCUUCUCUCUCCCUCCUUUCACUCUCUCUCUCUCUCUCUCAUCCUCAGACACACAUACGCACACACAUGCACAGACAGACCCCCCUCUCACACAGGAGUAGAUAGAGAGCGGUGAAGAGCAGAAGGAGCUGGGUGGCAGGAGAGAGGCAGGAGGGCUGUUGUUGAUUUAACAAAGCCAGGAAAGGAGUGCACAGUCCUGGGGAGUAGAGGAGCUGUGAAAUGCCUGGAAGGGAGCCUGCCAGCUACUCCUGCAGAGACCUAAAGGUAAGGCUUGUGUAUCACUGAUUGAGAAAAAAAAAAAAAAAAAAAGAAAACAGAGAAAGAGACAGGGAGAGCAAGGCAAAAGAGGAAGAGGGUUUUAUAGCCGCUGAUGCAUGGUACGACGAGGCUCCACAUACGAGCAGCCUCCUCUUGAUUUGUCUGUGGAUGGCAUCGCAUGCUGUGAUUGCAUUAUGUGUUCAAUUGCACAGCCGCAAAUCCCAUCUGGGGUGGCAUGCCAAAUAAAAGUGUGAAAUUCUGGAAGAGAGAUCAAAAAGUACCAGAAUGAGAUAGCACGAAAACAAUGCGAUGAGGGGGAAUAGAAAGAGAGGAUGUGAGACAAUGCCAGAGCAAGAGAACAGCCGAAGGGAAAGUGAUGAUGGGGAAAGUAGUAGAAUUACCCUCCUCCAUCAGUAACAGCCUUUAUCACCACAUCUUCGCCUUCUGUCACCGCAGAGAUACAUAGAUCAUCACCAUGCAUCUCCUCACCCUCAUGGCGGGGGCAGGGUAAUCAAAGAGGCAACUGAUUUCUCUGACGCAAGCAGAGAAAAAGCCUGUCAACACUCUUGCUGCUGAUACUCAUGUGCAGAGCUGUAGUUCUCUUAGUGCAAUGCAGGAGUUUUAUGAGUGCAGCAGGAGCAACGCUGGCGUCAGUGUGCAUCUGUCUGUGCGUUACCGAAGGAGAAAGUGUGUAUGCGCGUGGAGGAGGGGGAUCUUGUACCACUGACACACAGUGCACCGUGUCUCAGUUCUUACACAUUUCAACGCGUUCAAUAAAAAGAAGGCGAUAAAGCAACCGACAAAGGGCAGUGAUAGCUGUUUGCAGUCUUUUCAUGAAUAUUGUAGGCUACACCGAAAGCAUUGAGAGGAAAUCAUUUAUAUUGAUUCUCUGGUAGCCCGCACUCUGAGCUGAGGAUUAGGGCUGCUAGCUUUAAUGUGUGAUGAACAUCGCUGUUUUCACCACCACUGUAUAGCUCCAGUUCAGUGCACUCUGCUGGACACGCAUCUCAAGAGUUGUUGCUGUAAAACUUUGAUGACAAUGCAGUGGGCUCAGCUGCCCCAUUAAUCGAACCCUAUAGCUCUUGCCCUUCUUGAUGCUGCCUCGUCAGGGAAUAGAAAGACAGAGAGUGAGCUCAGUCAUCAUUUUUUAAUAUGUUUUUCCACUGGCAUGUUGGAGAAAUAAUUAGUGUCAUCUGCUCUCAUUAGCUUUUAAUUUAUUUUUCAUUUUUGUGCAUAUGACACAAUUCUUACUCAAACCCACUGAGGUGAAAAAAAAAGAAAAAAACAGCACCUGCUCUGACAAUAAUGACUCCCUAAUAAUUGUGUUAAAUAAAUAAAUAAAUAAAUAGAGAAUAUGAAAUAAAUAAAAAAUUAAAUAAAUGAAAAUAAAAAAUAAAUAAACAUAAAUGUGCCCAUUUGCCACACUCUGAUAACUUUUAUCACUGUUAUCUGCUAUGAACCCUCUCCCAGCUAGUUAAACCAUUAUUGGCUAUUUGAGGAGUGCAGGGGGGGAAGUGUAAACAGCCAAGAUGUAAUACUUUUUGAUGGAUGGCCUUGUGACCUUAUUAUCAGCGCUAUCACUGUAGCAGCGACUCACUGCUAUGCACCUCGCUCCAUUCUUGCUUGGCCUAUUGUCCAUUAUCCAUGUCCUGAUCUCCCUAACAAGUGGACGAAAAAGGGCAAAGGGCAGAUGUAAUUCUCAGCAGGGUCUCGGGACACUCUCCAAAGAGAAGCCACUGUGAAUGAUUAAUUGGAUCUGUUUAUUUAGUCAAGACGGGGUGUCUCAGGGGGAUGAAUGGAAAGCUCUGUUUUUUAAAGCAGAUCCAAAAUCUCUAAUACCGCAGAGGCACAUUUGUGUCAAGAGCUUAGCCAGGCGUGGAGAUCUUCUUUGUAUUUAGUGCCCUGGAAAAUCUGUGAGCAUGUCAAAGCACUGCAGAAAAACUUACUUCUCUCUGUGUGUGGAGAGGGGAGAGAAGGGGUUAAAGACCUACAUGGGUAUGUCUUAGUUACUGAAUUCUGAAUGAAUUGUUAUGUAUAUGUGUAUCUGUGUUAUUGUUGUUGUUUGGACUGCAGUUUCGGUAUGACAUAACAUGGCGCAUCAUUCAAAAAGCAUAGCCUUGCACUGUGUCAGCCAUAUAUGAAUAGAAUCCAAUCUCUUGGUAUUUGAAUGGAGCAGAUGAGCUGCAUAAAAUUUCCAACAUAAUCUUGUCACCCUGUAAGGAACAUCACUCUUUUAAUGUCAUCAUAAAUCUCAUCUGUAUCCAAUGCAAAUUUAAGUCCCUGUGUUUACUGUAUUUUGAAGUGUGAACAAAGAUGGUUAUGUACCAGAUUUAUGAGGAGACCCACACAUAUAUUCAAGAAUGACUUCACAAUGCAUGAAUUUAUACAACAGCCAUGUCACACAUAAUGUUGAUACAGUGCACAGAACUGCUGCUUCAGCCUACAUGCGGCACAAACACACCUUCGCUCGCUGUUUGGCAAGGAAACAAAUGAGAAGUCCAGAACACUGAAACUUAAGUCAAUUAUCUUUAAAGUGUUUAUACACAUGCACACACAUCUAGAGUCCCUGGAUGUCAAGGCUGGACAAGUCUGCUGGUUCUUGGAGGUUUUAUGCAGCUGAGUAAAACCUGCUAAGGUAGAUAAUAAAAGUGGAAAAAUCGCAAAUUCUGUUUACUUUCUCAUACAUUACAUUCAACCAACUUUGAAAAUGAAUUCCUGUUUUCAUCCCAUGUCCACGUUGACUAAAUCUCAAGAAUCUUCUUUCUGGCUCAUGGCCUUAUCUGUCAGCAGCAGGUUUUCUAGAAUGAAAUGGAUUUGUAGAGUCUCUUGCUUCUGGCUUAGCCAUUGGGGCUGAACCAGUCUUUAUCUGAGGUUAUUUGAACAAAAGAGUCAGCAAUAUUCAUGAGGAUUCUUUUGUCCACACCACAGAGAGAGAGAUGUGUUGAUGUCUCAAUGUGCAGCUGAUAAGCAUUCAGGUCAGGCAAGUUUAACUUUACCACCUGGAGGUUUAUGUGUUGCAGGAUUUGGCAGUCGUAAUGGAAAUUUACUAGUUAAUUCCAUGGCUCAUGUAUGAAUCCAGUUUUGAUAUGUUUUAGUAUUCUAUGGGAUUAUAUACCAAGAUAUGAUUUUUUUUUUUUACACACACACGUAUAAUUGUGGCGCCAUAAAAUCCAGAUUUUACACCAAUGGAUAUGGUGGAAAAGCAAUCUAGCAUCCCAUGUUAUGCAAAUAAAGGACAUUUGAUGCAUACAUCCAUUCCAUUCAGAGAUGCUGCUCAUCACUGGAGUAUGAUGAAGAUGUAGGAAACAAAUUCAGUUUACGCACAACAUCUGGGAUUCAUUUUUCCAAGGAUAAGCACAUCAGGAAUCCCUGUAACGCCUCGAGAGCGAUGACACUGGUUUUUAUAUUCAACAUCCCUCUUCUUCAGUGCUGGUUUUCAGAGCGAGUGAUCGUAGCAAUGUUUCAACAUCAUCUUGCUUCACAUUCACACAGCUCAGACUCUCUGGCAUCUGUCAUCAACAGAAGUUUAAGCUCAGCACGAAAGGACACCUUGUCAGGAAGUGCACUUGAGCAAAGGGUGUAUUACUCAGCCGCUCGGCCCAACAAGCUGCUCUGAGGAUUUUUAAUAUGCAACUGUAGGGCUGUAAUCUCAUUUCGGCCUGAUUUGGCAUGUGAUGACUAUAGAGAAGGAGGCUCCUCAAAGGGACAAGCACGGGGACACAGUGAAGCAUGUCAGGAAUUCCAAUCAAGACCAUUUGACCUUUGGCUCCUCCAGCAUUGGCCAUGCGCUGCCUGGCUCUGCAGCCCCGCCCUACCCCACAGCCUCCCAUUCUCCCUCGUCCCACCCUUACUAGCUCAUCUGUCCUCUACUGUGAGGUGAAGCAGAAGAUUAAUGACUCUCAGACAGUGUAGCAUGAUUAAGUUUGAUGCAGAUUAAUCAUAGAGGUGGAUGUGAUUUACCAACUUUAUUUGAAACACGGUAAUUUCUUUAAACCACUAUAUACCCCUAUUUAGUGCUGAACAUAAAUCACUAAACUCCAACACACAGGCUUCCUCCUGUUUACAAUUCAUUCUUUACUUACUUUGUGUGCUUUCUAAGACAGCUCGGUGAAACUCGAGGAUCUACAGUUACAUUUCACUGUGAAGGAUUGACAGAAAUGCCUCGUACAAAAAAGAAAGGGUGCCAGGGUGCAUGUCAUGACACUCCACUUCACACUUCAGCUUUCUGUCACGUCUCCAUGCUCCAGUCCAGUGUGGUUGAAGAGGGUGUUAUUUGGCUACAUUAGUUGUUGGGCUUCAAAACUAUCCAGGCUCCACUCAGCUGUACAGUGAUUUUCUUUUUUUUAUUUUUAUGCUAUUCGUCUGUCUCUUUUUAAACGCACUUAUAUAAGUGGAGGAGGAAAGUACAUCUAAAACAUGAGGCCACUAUAGUAUGAAAGUUAAAAUGGCUAUUCUGGGCAGAAGAAUAGUUGCCCAUCUGGUGGAGGAAUAUUGAAUGAGGUACAGAAGAGAGAGGGGUGUUUGUGUGUGCACAAGAAAUAAAGGGGAAAGAGUUGGACAUAUCAUUAGGGAAAUUGUUUCUCCAAUGUGAGUCAAACGUCUCCGUGCAGCAGUGUCACUCCAGAGAAGGUCAUCCAUGAGAAGGACACAACUGGAUACACUCAGCUCACUAUCGGCAUAAUGGGUAAAUGGAGGGAGGGAUGGUAUGAAGUGUGUAUGUGUGUGGUUUGUAUGUGUGUGUGUGUGUGUGUGUGUGUGUGUGUUUGUGCGUUUGCUGGGCCUGGAGCCAAACGAGCUGAGGAUGUUUUUAGUCAUUUGACCCAACUGACCUCAAAGUGUCAUAAGUGAGUGGAGAUAGGGCUAAAGCCAUGUUAUUUAAUGGGCCAAUCGUAGCCUGAGACACAAUCAUGACAGGCCCGGCAACCAUGACUCUUUGCUCUAACUCAAGGGGAAAAGUGAGGGAGAAUAGGCAAUCUGGGAAAGAGAACGUUCCAGAGCUUCCACAGUCAAGAAGCUGAGACAGAAGAUAAGCUGAAACAGCUCCACCAGUGUAGAUAUCUAUCAGACACAGACAAAUAUAGCUGCUGUUUUAAUCUCUAAAAGCUCAUCUCUCCUGCAGCCUUUGCCUUUUUCCCUUUACUUUCUUCUUUUUCUUUAUCUGUAUUCCUAUAAUGGCCAAUCGGUUGUGUAUCUGAUGAGCUGACAAAAAAAACUGAAUGCUAUGACCUCAAAAUAUACGGAUGAGUGCCCGCUCGUGGUCAAAUUUGUAUGGUAAACUAAGGAAUACUGCUGAGUUUGCAACAUUUUCCUGCCAUUUGUAACCCUGUCAUCAGCAGCAUAAGCAUUGUGGGAUUGGAAACUAAUAGUGUUAUGGGAGUGCAUGAGUGUUAUAAAUACACACAUUUGCAGGGAAUACUGCUGAUUAGGUUUCAUUCUUGAAAAGUGAACAAUUUCAUUUAUCGGACGCCUUGUACCCGAGUGCAGCAGCAGCAUUUUUAGCAUUUGCAUAACAAACACGUCCGUGCAAAUUUCAAGGAAACGGUUUUUCUUCACAGACAAAAGCUAAAUUGAUUACCUCUGUAUUAUGGGAAAUGAAAAGUAAUUCAUGGAAUAAACAGUUUACAGUUUUUGUGAUCUUUUGUGCGAAUUAGAAUUCGGGUUAUUAUUCUAACUUAAGACUUGAUCAGUAUUGAUGAAGGCCAGCACUUUUCUUUCCAGUUCUUGAACAUAAGACCUGGAAAUGUAGAAAAUUAAAUCAUAAAGUAAGAGCUAUUUAGUACACGAAGAUCCCUGGAGAGGAAUUAUGGCGCUUGCCACAGGUUAGAAAAGAAAAGGCCACAUUUUGCAGCGCUCAGUGCACAUUAUUGUUCACAACAUGCAGUGUCAGCAAACAAGGAGAUAUAUGUCCUCUAGAUAUCCCUUAGGAAGCAAGUUCCCUGGUUCCCUGGACCCUUUUGCUUUAGGCACAACAGAUGAGUGGUCUUGUUAUCAGGACACAAACACAAUUCAGCCAAAGCAUCCUGCCACUCCACUGGUAACAAGAUAAAUGCUUGUUACCCUCUUAAAGCGUCAAGAUAAAACACCCCAGCUGGUAUCUGUGUUCGAACACCUCUCAUUUGGGUUUGUUGAGUCUGCUGUUGCGUACAGACGACACAAUCACAACCAUGCUGAAAAUACACACAAAUCUGGAGUUCACGAAUCUCCAGAGAGACAUGUUUAAUUCAUGAGAAACCUAAAACGGGUUAGAAAGCGAGACCUUGCAACCCCUUUAAUGUAUUCAACGAGGUUUGUCAGAAGCUUUGUGUGUGUGCCGCACCUCUGCUGUCUGUCUGUCUGUCUUUUCCUCUCUCAGAUGCUUGUCACGUCACUCUGCCCUUUGCUUUGGACCAUCAAUGUCAACACCACAUUCCUGUGUGGAUCUGGCUUCUGACGUGGCCCCCUCACUUCUCCGAGCUUGCCUUUCAAUCCCCCUCCUCACUUGUCAGCGAUCAAAUAGAGUAACACCAAGGACAGAUGACAAAGAAAUGUCAGAUGUAGUUAAGGUCAGGAACAAGCAGCAAAGUAAUUGAUCCUUGUUCUUUAGCCGGGUUCAUCACAAGGACCUGUCUAACCAUAGUCGGUUCGGCAAAAUUAAAAGUAGCUGAUUUUCAAACAACACCCGAGAGCUCGAUAACUUUAUUGCCUCUUGUAGGGUUCCAACGGUGUUGCAAGAUUGUGGCUAAAAUUAGGGCUUUAUCUCAGGUCCCACCCUUACAAACACACUGACACCCCCACUCCCCAUUACAAGUAUUGGAGCAGCUUUUUUUCUACAUCUCGCUUUAUUCCAGAGACAUUGUAAGUGUUCCUUUUCUACUCCUCCUGUCACUUUGUACCCAAGAUAACAGAUGUUAAAAAUACCAGUUUCAGCAUACAACCAAGCAGAGAAUAAAACUCUUUAAAAUCACAUCACACUAAGUGUUAACUGUCAGCACAUCACCUAAAGGCUCCAGUGGAGCUAAAAACAGCCACAAAGAUAAUGCAUACACUUGUUUUCUAUUACAUUAAAUUAAUAGCAAAAGAGGCAACUGGAUUUUGUCUGACAGCAAGUAUUUAUUUUUCUGUCUCCAACUGAUUAAGAAAGCAAUCACUGCAUUUGAUCUGAAACAUGGUGGAGCUGUGUGAGUGGUGCAUUUGUUAGGAGGGAGUUGUAUGUGUGUGUGUGUGUGUAUGUGUGUGCAUGUGGGCACAUGUAGUGGAAGCAACUGGCCAUGCUGGCAAUAAUGAGCCUGCUCUUUGGGAAAAUGAGGCUUGAAAAAAACAGUGCAGCUGAGCCUGUUUCAUUGUACGGGCACACGAUGGGAGCGCACUGGCUCACAUGGGACGUGACGUUAGCACCCUCCCCUCCACUAGUCAUAAAAAAAGGAAAAUACUGCAACAGUAUUAGUUUGGGCCUCUUUUAGGCUGUAUUGUUAUAGCAUUAAAGAGUCUGUAUGCUAGUACCUCUGUCAAGCUUUGCUUCAAAUUCAUGGUUCUUGGAGUUAAAUUCCAUGCCUUCAUGCUAACGUGAACUCUGCUAACAUGUUGGUGCUCAAGGUUAAAUCUUUGUAAUAUCCCCCAUCUUUAUUGAGUGCAUUUGCUAAGUAGUGUCUAACACAGGUACAGCUGAAUGGAUAUGUCAUCAGCUGUGAGUUUUAGGUUGGCAGUAAUAGUCAAUAAGUGUCUUUUUUUUUCAAAUGAAAUACCAAUAUUUUUCUUAAAACAAGCACACAGAGUUACUGUGGGUAAUAAGUCAUAGCUGUGGUCCUUUAAGCUGUUUGUCACACACCUUAAAGUGCGGAGAGAUGACGAGGAAGAGGUAUCUGCUUGCAAGCUAGCUGUAGCAAUCCUCUGAGAGAUGAUUAGAUAAACUUGACUCUAAGAUUUAUGUGUAUCAAAAACCAAUAUUAGAGUCACUUAUUCUGGUCACUAAUGAAUAUCUACUCGUUAACCAUUCUUUUAACAUUUUUCAUUCAGUUGAUGAUCAACAAGAAGAAGGAUAUACAUCCGAAUAAGAGCACAGACUUUCAAUGGUGCUACAACCUUCACACUGAAAAAUAUUUAAAACAAGUAUCAAGAUAGAAGCAUGACAAUCGUUUAUGAGGCAAGGUCUUCAGUCCUAGGACUGGUUAUGUCAUGACAGCCCUAUUUCAGAUAAACAGAUUGUGAUGUAUUAACAUAAAUGAAAAAAAGGGCAAAGGAAUGAAAUGCUUGAGCAGAAAUUCAUAGAAAGUCAUAAAUUGUCCUCACUGUAUUCACAUCUUGACAAAAUUUAAUAUUGGAUGGAUUGAUUGACCGACAUUCCUUCAUGGUGCUGAAACAACGCUGCCCGCAACGCUAAAAAUGUUGAGAAAUGGUAUUUCUCAGAGGCUUAUUCAAUUGGUACAUUAACUAGUAAAACAAGAGGGUGACUGAAAAAAAAAUUGCUUGUACCGAAAGCAUAAAAAUCAGACUGACAACGUUUGUUUUGACUGACCCCCACCACACUGACAGGACAGAGCUGUGGACUUCUCUUUCAAUCAGGAGAAAACGUUGAUUGAUUAAAAUAAAGCUUUAUUCACACAGAUGAUGUAAUGGUGAAUUAGUGUCGGUGUGUCCUUGGUGCUUGAUCCUAACAGGGAGAUAUUGUGAUUAAAGGGUGUUUUAUCCUUAGCAGCAGCUAAAUUUCACCCCUUCCCAGAAGUUGAGGCAUUAGUGAAGGGAUGUUGGUCAUUGAUGUUGUCCGAGGCUGAUGAGAUGAUGGAGCUGAUCAAGCUGCAAAGAUAGGGUGGUAAUGGGGGGGAUGGUUGAUGAGGUUGUCUCGAGCUGAUGAAGCUGAAAAGAGCAAGGACUGGGUGGCCAUGGGAAGACUGCUGAGGAAGUUGACCAAGGCAGAUAAUGAUCUAUACCUGUAGAGAUUAAGAGUGACAACAUUAUCCUAGACUGAUGAGACUGAUUAAGCUGUCAAGUCCAGGCAUUCGCUGAUAGUAGAAAUUCUGAAAAAGAAGUUGUUGUUUAUGUUUUGUCUUUUUGUUUUUUUCACUGAUAAGACACUGACAAGAUCAAAAUGUUAGUGGUGGACCACUGGUCAUUCAAAAUUCAUGAUAUUUGCUCCCAUUGUGUAUCUCUGCCCAACAAAACAGGUAAUGCACUCUUGUAAUGUUGUGUUCACACCAAAAGCAACUAAGAUUAUUGAUUCGCUUAAUUCGCUUAGGUCAUACAGGGCGUUUGACGGAGCCCCAAAGUAAGAAUUUAUGUUAGACAGGAGGGGUUCCUUUGUGCCAUUUCGGUCUGUUUACAUCCGUUUACAUCAGCUUACACAUGGUUGAGGUUGAGUACAUUGUGGGGGUUUUGUUGUGAUUAAACAGUCCACCAGAUAAUCCAACCUCCCUUUCCUUCAAGGAGAUAGUCUUUUUACUCCUGUCUCUAAUUUUAAAGGAAGUUGUAUUCUAUAGCUGAGGUAGCUGCGUACCAUCAAAGUCAGUUUGUCCAUUUCUAGAUUUAGAGUUUUUUCAUUUCUAGAUGGAUGAACGUCCACUGAUUUGCUGUCGGUAUAUGUCAAAAGGGAAUCUCCAUGCUAAUCGGCUAUCAUGUCACAAAUGCUUGGUGUGAGUUCAGGUUUUUUAACUCUUCCGCAUGAAUCAAGCGAUCUGAACAGGUUGCGAAAUUACGUCAUUCAUGAGUAUAAUUCGCUCAUUUCACACUAUAUGCACCACCUCAUGUGUUCACUUUACAAGAACUUGAGUCUUUACACUCACUUUAGGUGAAACUAACUUGGGUGAAUGAAUGAAUGAGAAUGAGUUUGUGAGGGAACCCAGAGUUAACCUGGUCACUGACCUGCAACAAUUGGGCUGUGAGCAAUUUUUUUUUACAAUCUUAAAUGAAGGUAUUACACAAGUUACACUAGUGAAAUGUUGUAGAUUUUCUGAUUAACUGAAUAAAUUAAUUUGCUAACUAACUAAUGACUGAAAUGUGAUGCCUUUAUUUUAAACGAAAACAAGACAAUAGUUUCAAUGACUAGACUGAAAGUACACUAAAACUAUAACUAAAAAGACUAAAAUGAUCGUUAAACUAAUAGGCACUUUAACCUUUUUCUAAGACUAAGAUUAAAUCUAUAAUAGCUGCCAAAAGAAACAACACUUUGUUUGAGCCAAUAAAAGCUUAUUAUUUAUUAAACGGUAACAACAUGUGUACACUACAAUGGCUUUUUUUGAAAUUACAGUUCAAAUGAGUGUCAGCUGUAACAGCAGUUCCCCUCAUGUAACAAAAUCCUUGAGUAGACUGUGCAAUUAAAUUCUCACAACUUAAGGUGGUAAAGAAACCUUGAUUAAGGUCUGACCAUUUUAAGUGCUGGAGGAAGCCCUCAUGGUCUUCUGUGGCCUCUUACCAAAUGUCUAACAUUGACAUAUUGAUGACUUGCAGUUAUUUGAAUGACAUGUUAAAUACUAGUGUCUCUCAGGGAGUUGCACUACACUUCAGCACCAUAUUGUUAGUAGAGCUGUAUAGUAUGCAGUGCUCAAAUGGCAUGUGUAAUUUACAUGUGUCGGGACUGAACAUCUGAAAGGACUGAUGAAUGAAGCUUGAAUAAGGCCCUGAGAGAUCCUCUUGCCUUUUCUCUUGGCUUGUUGGUUGACUCAGUAUUGGUCAUCAAUAAAUCCAUUGCUUCUUAUGUUUGUGUAAUGCCAGUAUUUUAAAAUAAAUGUAUAUUUUUAAUCAUUAAUUUGAUAGACCAUUGUACUUUUUAUAUCCUACAGGUGCUGAGCUUUAGCUGAGGAUGGCAGGAGAUUCUCGAGUCCUCAUGGACCACAACAUGGAGAUAGGAGUCACACCUGCACAGGUACACAGCCACAACUGAGAGCUGAACUUGGAUGCUAAUGAAUCUAUUUAAAAUGAGAAUAAAUGAGACACUGGAGACACGAAGCAGGAAAAUGAUAGUGAAACAGUUUGUAAUGAUUCGACAGAAGUGAGCCGUGUCUGCAACAAAAGAAUAAGACUAUUGGCCUUCAAGACUAGAAAUAACAGGACGAGCUUGUGAGAUAAAGUUUAUAAGCUGUAACCACACUUCAUUGUGUAAAUGAGUCGUGCAGAUAAUGUGAUAUGUUCCACAGACUUGAACAGUACCUGAUUGUCUGGCUUAGAUAAAUAUAUAGAUUGGUUUACUUGGCAGGUGAGCAGGUCCACAAGAAAAAGACCUUCCAAUCAAAAACGCUUGGCUUUCGCUUGUUAUCUGUCCUUACUCCAAAGCUGAUUAAAACUUGUACUGUCUACCCAAGUGUGUCCAAAAAUGCUCAGAGAGAGAAAACAGCCAGUGCUUGUACUGCCACACAGAGAGAACUAAUGAAUUUGUUUAUCGACCAUCACCCCCAUGGACAACAUUGACUAAAAAGGCCAAAGAUUGGGAGGUGGUGCUUUGACAGCUUCAUCUAUCACUCAAUUAGCCUCAGCCUAAAGUGUUGAAAUAAAGGGGCCUAUUUUGGUCGUAGUUUUAUGAUUAUCAUUGUUAAAGAAAUAUUUUGCACAUUAGAUGAUGUGGUUAAAGAGGCGCUUCAAUUUGGAAAUGCUGGCCUGACUUUGCUCUGACUAUAUUUAGGUCCAAUAUCCCUGAGCACAGCUGGUAAUAAGGAGGGCCCACUGACAUUUAGUGAAUGCACUGUCAUCUAACCACUAAUUGCGAUGCUGAUCAAUGAGCAUUGUCUUUCAAUUCCUCUUUGUUGAAAUGUUCCUUACACAGGGAUCACUCCGAUCAAUAUGUGAAAACUCAAUACUGCACAUGCAGGACUGACCCAAUAGGCAUGUCCACAGGACAGCAAUGACACAGCACCUGACUUCCCAAGGAAGCCCAACAAACCUGCCGGACAGAUUUUUAUUAUCACUUCCCCACAAUUGUCAGUGCUGCACCGAUGUUAUAGCUCCUUAAAUUAUUUCCUUUCUUCGCUGAGCUGUGAGAGUGAUCGUUUUUCUGAUGGUGGAGAAGUGCAGUCAGGGUAGCUACAAUAGGACAUCAGAUGUGCAAACGACUCGAGAGAGAAAUAGAUCACAGGUGUCCGAUUAGCGGCAAGAUUCAUAGGACACAAGAGGUGUUUUCUUGCCUCUACACAAUGCAUUUUGAUUAUCAGCUGAGAUUGGAAGGUGUCAGUGUGCUGCCAACGUGUCCUUUGUCUGUGUGAAAGGUGCCUGAUAGCUCUGUCCUCCUAUACGUUUGUGUCUCUCUCUCUCUCUACACUUCAGCAUGUGCCUGUUUAAAGAGGGGGUAACUGUGCAGCGCCUUCAGGAAUACAUUCCUGGGAUUUGCAGUCCUCAUUGUUUUUCAUAAACCUGAAUGUCUAAAACAUACUAUAUUAGUCUUGCUUGUUUUUGCCUGAAAGUAGUUUUUACAUAACACAAUGCGUGUGCUCAGGCAUAUGCCACUCUUUUUAAGGAUGCCAUGAGGGUCUAUUGGGAAAAGAUGGAGGAUCUGUUCCUACCCAGGCCUGCCAAAAUCCCAGAGGGUGAGGGGGGAGGGAACACAGGGGACAGGGAAGGAGGCAGGGCACAGCUGUGGGGACAGAUCGCCUCACUGGAGCCAUGCCAACACAGACAAAGACCUAGGCGCCCUUGUGUUUUCGUUGUGUCCUUACUUCCUCCUCUCCCCUGUAUAUAAAUGUGCAUUCACUGACACCUACAAUGUCACAGAAGGGAAGCACAGAGCAGUGACUUUAUAGCGGCUCUUAAUUUUAUUUGCCUCCCUGCCAGCAGCACAGAGCAGUGUGGCUUGGAAAGACUGAAAGAAAAUCUCAUUUGAAAGGUUAACACCUACAUACUCCAGCACAAACCCAACCCAGCUUUUCAGAAAAUAUUUAUGAAAAGAAUUCAAAAUCUUUGUGGCUACUUUAAAGUACACCCAUGUGGAGAAGCACUUAAAAUGAUUCUGAUCUCUCUUUCUCUUUCAUCACUUGACUUUGCCUUCCUGUCUUUUUUCUUUCCCCCCAUAGGUGAAGAAGCUUCCAAAACACUUGAGGGAGGCUCAGAUCUCAACAGAGAGAACCCAUUUGAUUUCCGACCCGGCAAAGAAGCCUCGUCAGCGAUACGUGCAGAAGGACGGCAAGUGCAACGUUCAUCAUGGAAACGUGCAAGAGACCUACCGUUACCUCAGUGACUUGUUCACCACGCUGGUGGAUCUCCGAUGGCGUCUUAGUCUCUUCAUAUUCACCUUGGUCUACGUAGUCAACUGGCUUUUCUUUGGCUUCCUGUGGUGGCUGAUUGCACUCAUCCGUGGAGAUCUUCUACAUGCAGAUGAGGAGGGCUGGACCCCCUGUGUGGAAAAUCUCAACAGUUUUGUCUCAGCCUUCCUCUUCUCCAUUGAAACAGAGACCACCAUUGGGUAUGGUUAUCGAGUAAUCACAGAGAAAUGUCCCGAGGGUAUCAUUCUACUUUUGGUGCAGGCCAUCUUGGGUUCCAUUGUGAAUGCAAUGAUGGUUGGCUGCAUGUUUGUCAAGAUCUCACAGCCAAAGAACCGUGCCGAGACCUUGAUGUUCUCGCACAAAGCGGUCAUAUCAGUGCGAGACAACAAGAUGUGCCUGAUGUUUCGUGUUGGGGACCUGAGAAACUCUCACAUCGUGGAGGCUUCGAUCAGAGCAAAGCUGAUCCGCUCGCAGCAGACCAAGGAGGGGGAGUUCAUCCCGCUCAACCAGACGGACAUAAACAUCGGCUUCGACACAGGAGACGACCGGCUGUUCCUGGUGUCACCACUCAUCAUCUCUCACGAGAUCAAUGAGAAGAGCCCCUUCUGGGAGAUGUCUCUGGCUCAAAUGGAGAAGGAGGAGUUUGAGAUCGUGGUGAUCCUGGAAGGCAUGGUGGAGGCCACAGGUAUGAAUUGAGGAAAGAUUAAGGGGUGAAAUAAUGAAAGGAAGAAGGUGGAAAGGGAGGUCGUAAAAGCAAUAGAUAGCGAGAUCAACAGAGACAGACACUGAUGAAAUGUUUGAUGCAGGAAGUGAGCUGAGUGGGAGGGAUGGGAAGAUGUAAAUGGAUGGAAAGAGAGAGGAGGCUGACACAGAGAUACAUUGCUUAAAAAGGAGAGGCAGAAUUGAGUACCUGUAAGUGCUGCUGAUUGCAAAAGAUAAUAUUGUAAUGGAUGGAAAGACAGAGAGGCUAACAUUACCAGACAAUAAACUCCCUAAGUGAGACAUGAAUAAUAUUAAUGCAUUUCAUUUCUGAGUUUGUGCAGGUUUUAAUGAGGAUUUUAUUGUUUCUUAGAGGCUGACAAAUGUUUUUUUGAGGAAGGUGAAGCUGUGUCUGUCUAAAUCAAGAAAUCAUUUCCACAUUUUUAUAAAUUAUUAUUUCUUCUGAAAAAUAUAAAACCAUGAAAGCUCUGCAAACUUUCUCUGCCCCGCAUUUCCACUGUUGCGACUCCAAGGUUAUGUCUUUGAUAUUGUUUACUUCAAAAUGAAUGAAGUGUAGCCACCCACACUGCUGGUCUGUGUUUUGGGUAAAGGCCAAGCGGCUCUGAAAAGUGCCCUGGGCUGGUUACAUUUAGGAGACAGACGUGACCAGGUGUUUUUGUUAAGUUCCACAAUGCCUCCAUCUUCUCGCACAAGAGUGUUUUCAAGGCUGAAAGGGACAAAAACACAUCUCCAACCAGAUGGUCCCAAAGUUUAGAUUUCGAAAGCUUAGUGAAAAACAAGUGAUUGCUAGUGAUGUCCUGGUGUGUUUAGUGUGAGGUAUUAGCUUCUUGUGUAUCCCUGAACAGCCGUGUUUAUUUGCUUCUGUUAAACAAAUUACAAUUAACUAAUUUUUAAUUAAAAAAUUUAGACAUUUGCUUGUUAUGACAUACUAUUUUACUCUUACUCACUAAUGUAAUCAGGCAAAGCUUUUUAUGCAACCAAAAUAAUUUAUGCUGAAUGUCAUAUGGAUUUUUUCCCUCCCUCUAGAGCACCAGUAGUCACCAUGCUUGACUCAGACAUUAAAUCUCCUUUGGCUUCCACAGCAGAGACGGUGGCAUCAUACAGGGUUAUGCACUCACCGUCCUUGACCACAACACACCCAUCUAACCAUCUGAUAGUCCUCCUACGCACACACUGUUGACCUCAGCGAGACUUGUUCAGGAGGUCACUGAAUGAAAGCUGGAGGGGUUAAAUGUAACCGUCAGUGACAGUAUUUAUAGUAUUUCCCAUAUACUUGUGCAAUAUUUGUCUUCUACUGCACAAGCAGUUUCUGCUUUCUACCAAAGCACUUUGAAAGGUAAAAUGUUUGUUUCUCCAAGCAUUUAACACAACUGUGAAUAUUCUGCAGGAGGCUGUAUAUCGCUAGAGAUGAGGACUUUCACCUGUUAACUUUAUUUCUAGAUAACAGCAUAACAAAAAGCACACUAACCAUCAGAAUAAGGAAAUUUUACUUUCAAUAGUAACUCAUUCCAUCAUGAUUACUACCAUAUAAUGGGAACACCUGCUGGUCACCUGUUGUCAGUAAAAUUGUUCUUUUAAAUGAUAUUUUAAAACAAAUCAACAGUGUAGUUAUGAAUUCAUUAAAAGAAGGUAAAUACUGUGAUAUGCAAAUACAUUUUCUUGAUAUUUAAUCGACAUCAUUCUUUUUUAUUAUUAUUUUUGGUUGGGGAGGAAAGAUUUGUGGGUUAUUUCAACAAAGUAAUGACCAAAGUCAAGCAUCAGGAGGACACUUAAGACGAGCAACUUCAGGUUUGUAUGAUGGCUCAGGCAAACCACCUCAGGAAGCACUGAUUAUUAGAUUAAAUAUGAACCAUAUCAUGGAUACUGGCACAUAGAAUUAAAGAGAUGGAAAAGUGGUUGUUACAAUUAAUUGAAUUUUUCUUUUAAACCAGCUUUCACAAGAUGCAACUAGCUCAUUUACACCAUCAUACUUCAUCAAACUAUGCAGUAAGCUUUAAAAAAUGUCCUUAUACCAAUAUUCUUUCAUCGUUACUGUAAAAGUAUUCCAAUAAGUGUCUUUUAUUCACUGUAGAUUGUUUUUAGACAUAAAACUAUCACAUUAAAUAAUCAUCUCAGCAGCUAUUUGGAUGCUGUUCAAACACUUCGCUAACAAAUGACCCUUAACAGUCCAGAGAUCUUGGUGCAGGUUAUUGUAACGUAAUGUGAUAAAGGUCCUGCUGUGCCCAGGGCUCAGUCAUGUGCAGCAGUGUUGACAAUACAAACAUUUUUUGUUUAUUAUUGAAGCGUCUCUGAGGACAGCAGGUUUCAGGUUGCCCCGUUUCCUCUCGAAUAAGUUAGUUGUAUUGAAAUAGGGUUUGCUAAGAAUCAAGAUUAUCUUUGAGAUUAAUGUUACUGCAAAAACUUUCAAGAGUAAUCUUUGAAACUAUAGCAGUACUUUUUGCUAAGAUAAAGGCGAGUGAAGCCUUACAGUACAUGGAAGUAAGAUAUUGAGUAUGACAUGGAAAUAUUUAGGACUGGUAACCAUAGUGAUACACGGCUUAGUCAGCACAACACAACAUUUACAGAAAGUCUUGAGGGCAAAACAAAAAGUCAUCACAACAAGUGCAAACUCUGACUCAGACAGAAAACACAAGAGCGUGACCCUGUCAAAGAACAGUACACAUUUGGGGUUUUUUAAUGUUAAGUCUUCCAAAAUAAUGUUAAUUCUACUUAAUCUCUUCAAACUUCAUUUGUCUUCUUUAUAAAUGAUUUGUAAUGGAUACAAUCUAAUAGAAAAACAGGGGCCUUUUCCAUAACCGAGGAAUCAGUGAUGCAGUCUACUUACUUAGAGUGGUAGAUUUGACUACCCGCUCACCUUGCUUGAACGUAGUAUUUCAUAAAGGAAACAUAAAACAGAGAUGAUUUAUUGAACAUAUAUACGCUCUGACACUGUAACUGCUCAUGUGGAUAAAUCAACUUUAGCACAUCAGAGACUGAAGGAGGUAAGAGACACCUCCCUCCAGGCAAAUCUAGAGUCAGAGUCUACAGGUAUAUAAAGAGGUGGAGGUAAUAACCCUUAUGAAGUCCCACAUGAGAUACAGAAACUAGGACAGCAGCAGCAUAAACCAACAAUGUCAUCAUAACAAUUGGAUGCAUAAACAGCUAUAAAACAAGGGUGUGACCAGGAAUAUUACUGAUGGCCUUUUUAUUUUAUGUGCAAUCUUUCACAAUGCAUGUAUGACCUUGACACUUGCACCCUUGAAUGAAAAGCAAUUCGUAAAACCAGGAUGAAUCUGUUUGAAAUCUAAAACUGUACGUUUUGUGGAAGGUUAGUUGUUUACCCAGAGCGAUCGCGGUCAGUUCUUUCUACUCCAUCUUUACUCCUGCAUAUUUUAUGUUCAAAGAUCAUGCUGGUGUUUUGUAGGCUUUAUCCUGUUAUAUGCAUUUGAGUGGAGAUGUGUUCUAGCUGCUCUGCUUUUUAGGUGACACUAAGCUGUGUGUGUGUGUUUACAUGCUGUGAAAAUCCUCAGCUACAGCUUUUGUAAUGUAAGAAGCUGCAAAAUUCUAAUCAUCCCUUCAAGGCGCCCUUGUUUGCUCAUUGUUUGUGUUUGUUGCUUUGUCACUGUUGGUCUGAAAGGGAACCAGAGCUGAACACAAUGUUAUUGUGGAUGUCAGCAAUUACAAUGAUUAAUGUUCAAUGAGUUCAGUUGUAUCUUAAGCAGAAUAAAGUAAAGGAAAUAAAGGACGACAAAAUGUAGGGCCUGCACUGUGCAUGGCAGACUGAUGUUUUGAAGAACCGUCGUGAAUAUUCAUAAACGUUAAAAGCACAAGCACAUUUUCUCUUCCAAAUAUCCAUCCUGUUUACAGAAAAUGAAACCCAAAUAUCACACAUACAAACAUGGCUAAAUAAAGCCACCUCUUUUAUUACAAUGGCUGCUGCCAGCUGUCAAGUCUUGAAGCACAUGACCACAUCAAAGCACAAGUGUUUUUCUGUGUGCACAACAUCCUGCAGCAGACUGCCUUAACCAAAAGAGAUAAACAUGAUUUUGUUUUUCCAAGUAAGACCGUAGCCAAGUAUUUGUUCUGCAGCCAAAAGCUUAUCACAACAAGAAAAGGAACGGGUUUUAUGAUGUCAGAUAUUCUCUAGAUUCAUCAUGUUUCCAACUGUUUUCAACUAGUGUAACUCUUAAGACCAUAUUGGUGAAUAGGUCCAGCGGCUUGACUGAUUACUUUGAUCAAAUCUCUCAGAAAAUAAGGAAAAUUGAGGGUGGCUGUUGCUCAGUGGCAGAGUCAACCAUCUUCAUCAGAAGGUUGGUGAUUCCAACCCAACUCCCACGAGUGUCCUUUGGCAAGACACUCAAAUCUAAAUGUCUCCUGGUUUCAUAGUUAGUGGCGUGUGUCUAAAGCUUGAUCCAAAAGGUAACUGGGCAUAGUUAUGGUUGUUGAAGAUUACUCACCUGUCCUCCAUUAAGCUUGUUCAGCUCUAAAAGACUUGGCUUGGAGCAGGGGUAGACCAUAAAGCUACUAUAUGAAAACAGCAGCAAGUUUUUCUGGAAAUUCCCAAAUGUAGUUGAGGGGGAUGCUGAUGUUUUUUUAUGUGCAGCCAGAGUUCAGUCUAUUGUUGCUGUUUGGUUGAAAAAUUAAAAACAAAGGUGGUCAGUCAGCACUGCUUAUUUAUGUUCUCAGGUCACAAACAAGGAUAUGUUAACUGUUAGAAUAAGGUAGCAUGUGUUACGACACUAAUAUGAAACUUUCACUUAUGAAUUUAGGAGAGGUGUAUCAUAGGGCACCAAUUUCCCCCGAUGCUCCCUGGAGAGACUCACUUUAUACCACACCAUUAUUCUUUGCAUUGUCAGAGGCAAAAGUCAGAUUUGAUGCACAAUUUUUCAUUAAGAUUUCAAGAAUAAUCUUGCAAUCUGAUGUCUUCUUUCCAAUAUUACUUCUUCAGGUGACAAGCUUACAUGUGCAGAGCCACUUGAUAGUGUAUUUUGAAGGGAAACCCUAUUCCAUAUAACACCUAUUUAGCCAAGAAGAGCUGCACCUAACAGGAUACAAUAAUGUUUAAAUGUGGUGAGAUGGUCUUAUACUCACUUCUCUAUACAGUAUGUGCAUUUCACUAAACUACUGAUACUGUGAACACGUUAAAUUACUCAUCAUGGCAAUACAACGGUAAAACAUAUGAUGCUAAAACGAAUUCACAGACACAUGCAAGGAUCAGGAGUUUAACAAAUAUGUGGUUGAAGUGAAUGGAUAAGUGGUUUUAAUCUGAGACUACAAUACAGUAGCAUCCAUAUAACAUCAUGAUCAGCCUCCUCAGAUCCCCCCGCACCCCCUCCUGUGUGCAUGUCUGAGCAUUUAUUGUCUUUCGACCAUCAGUAUACUUAUGAUCUGACUUGUCACCUGAAAAUAGUCCAAGUUGUUGACUUGGUUUUCCUGGGUCAUUGAGGUUACAUGUCAUUGUAUCACAUGAUCCUCAGUGGGAGUAUCUUGUACUUUUGAUGAGAGGUUUCCAAAACGGUGUUUUUUGUAGGGGUGUCUCAAACCGCUACCUCAGUUCAGAUGGUUUCUACCUUGAAAUAGAGAGCUUCUUUCAUUCCUAUCUCAAACCAGCGGUCUUCUCUGGACAGUAUGUAAUUUUGCUGUCCUGCCUCCUUGAGAUGUGAGGGAAAAGCUGAGUCCUGACCAGAGGGGUAUGCUAUUCAAUGUUGGAACAUACUUUUUCCCUCUCGAUGAUAUUUGUCAUAUAAAUGUUGAGUAAGGCUCUUCGUGUUUUCCUUAGAUGUUGCUGUUCCUUCUUCUUGCCUUCUGCCCUUAUAGGCUUCCCUUUAAGCCCUGUUUUGUAGAGCUCCAGUAACUCCUUGUUUGUGUUCAAAUGGACAAUUAGAAAUGGUGUAAGUUCAGGUCUGUAUGUGUUGAUUUCCUUAAAACUUCAGAUUGUAGGCUUUAGUCCUCUUCUCUGUGCACUGCAGUCCAAGAGGGUAAGCAUGUCUUCUUGUACAUCUUCUUUGCUGAAUUUGCUGAAGUCAUUCACUGCAUAGAGGCAUGUGAGUAGAUCCUGGAAAAGAGGAAAGCGUCAUGUUCUCUACGUCCUCCAUGGAGAGAUUAGCCACUUCGAGAGAUAUCGAUAAGCCUAUGGCACAUCCGUGCUUUUGUCUGUGGAGCUGUUGUAUUGAAAGUAAACUGUGCUUCAGCAGAUGUUCUAGAUGAGGUGGAUCUGGAUGGUUUCUGAUAUUUACAAUAGUCUCCUCUGGAUGUAGCCUAAGUUAACUUACCUUGUCUGUGAAGUCCUUGGAGCUUUAAUCAUGUGUUGUAUGUUAACAACCACGGGAGCAAGAAAAGUAGCAAGGUGCUUAGAGGUAUUGUAGCUGAUGGACCAGUGGGUUUGGGGAGAGCCCUUUCCUUGUGUAAUUUCUAGAAAUCCAUAAGACACAGAAUGGCUUCUCCAAGUUGAGAGUGAGAGUAUCGGAGUCUGUCAACUAGCUGGUCUUUUUCCAAUCAGUGCAGAAGAUCAAUGACCUUUAUUGAAAGAGUUUGUUAAGUCAAUUUUCAGCUUUUCUUAGUUGGUUGUGUUAUUGAGAAACCACAUAUCCAUAUCCACAUAGCUGGCUUUCCAAGGUGCAGUGCAAAAAUGUGUCCCCAAUGUAGCCCCUCCCCUGGGCACAUCCAUACACAAAUUUUAGUCGUUUAAGAUACCAUAUGUAAAAUACAACAGAAACUCAUCAAUAAAUCAGACAUUUCACCACAGACAAAAAAGGCACUAAUUGCCCUCCAUACAGCUAUGACCUUAACCCUUGAAAAUACAAUAAAUCAAACAAAAUAUCACAAAUGAACUUUACUGGUAUGGUCCUGCUGUCACAUGACCCCCAAAGGUGUACCACAUUGCGCUAUUUACUGAGAGAUCAGGAAGUGCAUGGUUUGAAUUGUAAGAUGGCAGUUGGUAAGUGGGUGUAUUUGUGUGUAUGGCAUGUAAUUGUCACCAUAACCCUUACAUUAGGGAGAAAAGAGUCCAUAAAAAGCGGAAACAGUUGGUAGGAGUGCAGGACAGGUGCAGGGAAACAGAUUGGGGGGGAACACGUGUACUCCCAGCACUGGCACUCUCAGGCGCCGAGAAAGAGACCCGCGCAAGUCGGGGAAUAACGGCACUCCAUCACACUGCUAUAUUAUAGGAAUAGAAAAAGGCAGGGACCUGGAAUCUUGAAGUAAAAUGAUUUGAUCAUUCAAAAUAAUAACAGCUUGGGAAGAGUCUCCCAAAAGCAAAUGGAACAUUAGUUCUUCAUUUGGACCAUGAAUUAUUCAUUAAACUGAUAAUUUGAAACCAAUGCAUUAAAAAUAUGUCAAUACAUCAGAUGCUACAGAAAAUCCUUCUUACGGGGUUUAGUGGAUCUUGUAACAUCUUUGCUGAUCUCGUCACAGCAAUCAGAAAAAUUUCACGGAUUAAAUGUGGAAACUAGGCCACUCAUAUCCAGAGGGAAAGCUGAAGGAAAGGUACAAAUGCCCCUCCUUUUACUGUAACACCUUAUCUUUUUAACAUCUACAUCUAUUUUAGAGCUCCUACUGGAUGUGACUGGUGAUGCUAUGAAUUUAGAAAUAGAUCCUUAUGUAACUCUCUGCCUUUUGAGAAUCAAACACUCAUCCCCUGUAGGCCUGAACAUUCAUCCAAAAAGCAGUGGUCUCGGUUAGCAUGUGUCCGUUUCAGGAGACAAAGCCUUUGUGGACCUUUUGAUCACAGCAUUUCGAUAGUUGCAACUGCUGUUUUUGUACUUCUUUAGAGUCUAGACUGGAAGGUAGGGUUCGUAGUUUAGUUGAAAAGCUUUACCAAUAACAUAUUCCUAUACUGCCCCUGUUAUUGCAAUAAGCCAUAACAAAGUGCUGCUCAAUUCCAAGGCAAACCCAAAUAUUGUGUUCUAGAGCAGUUGUAUUUAGUAGGUGCAUGACAAGUUGCUCGGGAGGAAGAAGAGGAGUUCAGUGCCAGUUCGGUCUGACAGAGAGUGACUGAUUCAGGUUAGCUCUUGAUUUCACCAGUGUAUGCUCCGUCAUCAUGCCUGAUUUGACAUUUUUUGGUUUCACUCAAUUUUUCCCUUUUAUAUCUUUGCUGAGCCUGUCCCAUGCAUUUGAGUGUAGUGAUGUAAAGAGUAAAUCCUCCUCCUGUUUUCUUCUCCAUCAGUAUGGAGGUCACAAGGGAUCUUAAGUUGAGGGUGGAAUAAUUUUUCUUUACCAAAAUAAUUUCAUCAUGGUCAAACUAACACGUGCUGAAGUGUUCACAAAGAGCGGGGUCAAAGAGUUUCUCGGAAGUAGAAAGAGACUGUCUCGACAGAACAUGGUUGGGUAACUCAUUCCACCAUGGGGACUACAGAGGACAAGAGCUGUGCUUAGUGCUUCUAGGUGUUCAUGAAAUAGCUUUUUUCUUAAAGGUAGAAAUGUACUCUGCAGAUCUAACAGAGUAGGGUAGUACAUUUCAUCAUAGGGGGUCACUGGCAGAGCAUAGAGUGUAAGGGCAGUCUAGACCUCAAUGAGACUGCCUCAAUGAGAGAUCCCGAGCAGGCAGGAGCUGUCGUUUUUUGUUGCUUGUAAGUAGGAAGAAGGGUUUUUGAUGCGAGCUGCAACUGGAAGACAGAUGAACAGUGGAGUGACACGUGCAGUUUCAGACUGGUUACAGACCAGCUAGUGAGAAGUUGCAGAUCAAUGUGUGAUAUUACAAGAGCUUGAGGUUACGUGAACCUUUAGUGUUGGCUGGUCAUCGGUCCUGAAAUCCAGGUUCUGGGAAGAUUUGGUGGGCAUGUCUCCAUUUGAUCCAAGCUGGAUAUUGAUUUUCGAUGUUACGAGACUAGGUGGACUGGCACAAGCUAGGUUUUUGACUGGUUGAGUGUAAGGUUGCAUCCGUCCAUUCAUUACCUCCGCCAAGGAGGUUAUGUUUUCGGUUGCGUUGGUUUGUUUGUUGGUUUGUCUGUGAACAACUUUACGGAGAAAGUUACAGACGGAUUGACCUGAAAUUUUCACCAGAGGUGCGUCUCAGCCCCAGGAGGAUCCCAUUACAUUUUGGUGGGGAUCAAGAUCGCUUUCUGGAUCCAGGAAUCUUUUGAAGGAUUUUUUAUCAUUGUGAGAUAGGGUAAAUUUCGGAAUUUUUGCAUUUAAUUCUAUAAAAAUGGCCAGUCUUUAUUAAAAAAAUUACAAAAAAGGAUCUCAAUGAGUUUUAUGAGGUUUCAAAGUUUGAUCCUGAUCCAGACAAAAUUCCGGAUACUGUGAUCCAGAACACACAAAAAUAAGGGUGUCAUUGGAAUUUUCAAUGCUCAAAGAUAAGCAAUGGGUGGCACAGUGGUGUAGUGGUUAGCACUGUCGCCUCCCAGCCAGAAGGUCCUGGGUUUGAAUCCGGGUCAGGGCAUUUCUUGUUUUAGGAACAUUAUGAACAGUGAACAUACCAGUUUAAACACAAAUAAAAGUUAAUAAAAGACACGUAACAGUAAAAGUUUUGGUGUGAAUCACAAUAUAAGGGGGGACAUGAGCUGCUUGGCGGAGGUCUGCGCUCUCCGAGUGCUUUUCUAGUUUAAGUAUAUUAUUAAAAAUUUGAAUAACUAUUACAAUACAACAAAUUAAAAUUAAAUUCAGACCACAAUCUUUUCUGUUAACUUUGAUAGGUAGAUGUGUGAAGGCCUGGAAAUCUCUUUGAGUAAGGUUGUGUUACCUGCUUUCCUUAAGGUUGCUAAUUCAGGAAACUCUCUUGUAGGUAUAUGGUUUUAAAAACAAAUCUAACCCAAAUGAUUUUACAGGUCUGGGGACUUGAUAGGACCAAUCCAUUUUGAGGUCUGUGUUUGCUGUAUUGCUAAAAAUGGCUUCCUGGCACUAAAUGGAGCAGAGCUAUCAUUGAUGUUAUUAGUUACACCUUGAAUACUUCUGUUAUCAUUCAAAGCAUUUCUAUAAAUAGACCUGCAGAAUGUGUCAAAACCCAUCUCUCCUACCAACACUGUCGCCUUUUUACUCUUGCCAUCUCUAAAGAAAAUAUAGACUCUAGACUGGGGUGACAAAUGUGCUCAAUUUUCCUGACAUAUUUUUUGAUGCACCUAAGAUUGCUUAUAUUGACCCUUUCAUCUAGUGUGAAUAUAUCUUGUAUGAAUACGGUAUGUAUCGUAUUCAGCUCAGGCUCUACAACAGGGGUUUAUUCAGAUGAGCCAUGUUUCCAACAUCACAGCCCUCGCCGACAUGAUAAGUUCAGAGGAAACACGGUUAAGGUCUUGGCCCUUCCUGUGUAACCAUAAAUUAUUUAUUGAUACUCGUUUUUUUCCCCCUUCUCCUUUUUUCUGUGUGUGUGGGGGGUUUCUACAAAUUGACAUGUGUAUGUUUGUCUAUCCAUACCUUUAACAGGGAUGACAUGUCAGGCACGGAGUUCCUACCUGGAUACAGAGGUACUUUGGGGCUACCGCUUCACACCAGUUCUCUCCCUGGAGAAAGGCUUCUAUGAAGUUGACUACAACAACUUCCAUGAUGUCUAUGAGACCAAUACCCCUACCUGCAGCGCCAAGGAGCUGGCUGCUAAGCUUCGGGAGGGGCCACUGUUGCCUCAGCUUUCACUCCUCAGUCCUGAGCCCAAAAUGCAUACUUUUGACCCCCUGGAUCGCCUGUCCCAACCGGACCCACUCAGCCCGAAUGAGGACAGGGAGGAGAGAGAUUCAGGGGGUGACAGAGGGGAGACCAAUGGCUCAGCUGCAGCUCUGGAAGAGCCACCGCUUGUUGAUGGACUGCCUGACUGACGUAACUGAUGGCUGCAUUAGCUAAAAAAAACCCAGGAGGGAAUUGACAAGAGGACAGGACAAUAUAACGCUUCAUUUAGCCAAUGGCCCGCUUGUUCCACUGCAAUGCCAGGAGAUACAAGACAUCCGUCUCCAGCCCCGACUCAUGCAAUACUCCUCUUCUAGAGUGUCAAUCUAUAGUAUAGAUUGGUUUUGUAGACACGUAAGUACAAAUAUACAGACACACAUGUACAAUAUCUAUAUCUACACUUAAAGGUUGGUGGUUCAGAUUGUCCUUUUAUAAUCGCAAUGACCACUUACUGCUAUAACAGCUCGAGUUGUAUUAUGUAAAUUUGAGUUGAAACUGGUAGCCAUAACAGAGUACCAUUGGCUUUUUCAUGGAUACUCUUAUGAUAUCACUCUAGAUUGUGUUGAUUCAUCUUCAUUUGAUAAGUCUCAUAACUCAGCUUAUGUGUCUGACAGCAGCUUCUGCGUUGUAAUAAACCCUUGAUAUCAGCUUUUUUUUUUAAUUAAAUGUGGGGAGUUAUGAUUUACUGUUUCUGUCAGUGUUAAUAUUCUGUGUCAGAAACCCUUUUCACCUUUAGGUUGCAUAGACAUGACAUGAUGUAGGAAUCUACUUUGUAAAAGGUAACGUGUACUCAAAACCACUAUCCAGUUUAGCUUUCUUUGUUCACACCCCGAAUGCUCUCAUUAUAUGUUUCUGAUUGUCUCCCCAUAUAACUUGGAGCCUUGAUCCAAAAGUAACCAAUUAGUACCUCAUUUUAUACUCAUAUUCAGGGUUUGAAAUUCAGAAUUAGAUCUACACAAAUGUUUAAAGGUGUAUUUGCUACAGACUCACAAGUAAAACGUCCAUCAUUGUCAGUUGAAGAUUGGAUCCCCUUUCCUCUGCAACAACUAAAACAUUAAUCCCAAGCCCUGCUCUGGGUACGUAAAGCACAAUCUCCCAAAGGGUGUCUCCACACUGACCCUACCACCCACCUAAGCCACUGCUAUUAACUGAUGCAUGUCAGUCCCAGUUAAAAGAGACAUUCAAAUGUAGAUUCAAAUAUUUAUAUGAAAUAUUUAUGCUCAACUGCUCUUUGAAAUGUUCUUGAUUUUUUAUAUACCAUGCAUAUGAAUAUUUCAAAUGCUCCCCAAGCCAAAUGAAAUAUGUAUCUGUGUUUGUUUGGUUUUUGUUUUGAAUAUUUCAAAGCUAUUCAACCUUGACGUUUUUCAGUCACAUUUAAGUUUAAUAUACUGAAGAUAGGAGCAAGAAUUUCUGUUUAAUUACAGCCAUCUUUAUCUUCUUUGUGAUGUCUCUUUUGAACUUCAUUUUAAGCGUAACUUAAUAAUUUGAUGUCUUCUUUGAUGUCUUCUUUGUCCACCAAAAUAUCAAUAUGCACUUUGGCCCUGUUCCACUCCUUGCCCCUGGGUCUUCUCCUUGAAAUUAGUUCUUCGACCUUGUUCAUACUCUUUGAGAAACUGACACCCAUCCUGGAACUGAAAGAGCUUACAUUAUUUUUAAAGACCUUACCUUUGAAAGGAGACAUUUCAGAGCUAGCAUGCAUGAAUCAACCCCUAUGCGUCUCAUUGCUGGGUAGGUUUAUUACAGUAAGAAAUACAGGGUAUUUUCUAGGCAUGCAAAUUAUAAGAUUUCUACUAUAUAUUAUCAGAUAAUGUAUUAAUAUUCAAUUAUCUUUUGUUGAAGAAAAAAAAAAGAGAAACCUAAAUCUUUAAAAAUUUCCCACUGGAUAUUUUUUACAGAUGCUUGUCCAAUCAAUGUGUUUAAUUUCACUGUGACAUUUUAGCAUCUUACUAUGUAUCCCAUUUGCUAAACAAUAUGUUUAUCAUUAGAAGGAUCUCAUCUUUCAUAGCUGGAAUGUCAUCUGUUUUCUGUGUGUUCUCAUGGGAAUAAACGAAACAUGGCCUACAGAAAAACAUUUUCUUGUUAGAUGAUGUGUGAAUGGAUUCAGAGUGUGACUCAUUAUUUAUCUAUGAGCCUAUUGUUGUGACCAAGGUAUAAAGGGUAUCAUAAAGACUUAAGGAAAUUCAUUAUAUUGCAACCGUGUGACCAAACGUCAGAGUCAACCUUAAAGCUUUCAGGGGGAAAAAAAAAGCUGUUCUUACAAGAAACCUUUCUGAAAAGUGGAUUAGUCGUGUAUCGAAUCAUGAAAAGGAAACUUAAGCAACCUUUAAUUAUCAGCUCUCAACAAUCUUGUUUCGCUCUGGUGCUCAAGGCAAAAACUUCUUGCAUGGUGGGAAAAACAAGAGCAAGAUAAUGGAUGGAUAACAUCAGCCCCUUCCCCCCUUUCAUUUCUUAAUUUGAAGUAAUCAAUUAAAACUGUAGAGUGGAACGUCUGGUUACAUCUCUGUGGAAGCCGAAAUCCUCCUUGUGCU